AUGUAUCCAGUCCAACCUGGUAGACGCUGGGUUGCUGCACAAUCCCUCACAGAGUCAGGAGUUUAUCAGCCUGAUAAAGAACUCAGUGUGGAUAUCGGAGCCUCGGCGAGUCUGCAGUGUUAUGCAGUCCAGUCUGGUAGACGCUGGGUUACUGCACAAUCCUCAGUGCCACCAGUUUAUCAGUCUGAUAAAGAGCUCAGUGUGGAUAUCGGAGCCUCAGCGAGUCUGGAUUGUUGUAUUUUUGGAACAAAAGACAGAGAAAUUAUCUUUUUUAAGCAACAAAACAGAAAACAGCCUCAAAUAAUUGUCAGAUUCUUUAACGUUUCUGGAGAAAAGUUUUACAAUGAAUUCCAAAAUCCUCGUUUCCAGAUUAAACAACGUGGAAACUGCUUCAAUCUGACCAUUUCAAACACCACGCUGUCUGAUGAAGCCGUGUACUACUGUGCACUCGUGUUUCCAUCUGGAACUUCUUUAAAAUUUAAAGGUCAGAGUUUUACCACUGAAUCAGAAACAUCGAAACCAGCUCUGUGUGAUCACAACACGAACAUGAACACACAAGAGAAAACAGUGCUCGGUUUGGGAACGGCUUUGGGUUUGUGUGCACUUCUGAUUUUCUGUCUCAUUUAUUUCAUACUGAGGAGAAGAAAAUGGGAUAAAAUGCACACUUCCAUAGAAGAUUCUCCAGGAACGAAACAGGUACGUGAAUCCGAUGCUGAAAAGGUGACUUAUGCAGCUUUACAAUUUGCCAAAAGGAAAGCCAAAGCUGAAAAAAGGAAGACUGACUUCUCGGAGGAUUGCAUCUACUCUGGUGUGAAAUAA